UCAGCAAGUGUGCAAUAGUCCUUGAUAUUAUAGUGAAAUAUGACGUAUAAAUGUCUCUUGUUUACAUUAUUACUUACUUUAUCCAUCACAAAUGGUAAAAUAUCCUAUAAUACGGUACGAACGAAGUUACUGAGUAGAGCCACCGUGCAUAUACCAAAAGUUAUAAACAGAGUAUGUCUCCUGAUGCCGGACGAAGGGCCCUGCCGCGCCGAAAUUAUGAUGUACUACUUUUCUCCGGAGAGUAUGAACUGCACUACUUUCCGCUGGGGCGGUUGCCAAGGCAACGGCAACCGGUUCGAUACCGCCGACGAAUGCUCCAAACAAUGCACGACCCAGCCUGGUCAAAAAGCGGAACGUCCAACGUACUGUAAACUCAGUUUUGACUACGGCUUCUGUUUCGGAGCAGACACGAGAUGGUAUUAUGACAAUAGAUGGCACGUCUGUAGGGAAACCAUUUACUCCGGCUGUGGCGGAAACAAGAACAACUUUUACAGUCUAGAAGGUUGCGAAUCAAUCUGCCGGUUUAAUCUUGGUCCACCAGAAUAUAAAGACGGUUUAGACGGAGGCAGAUUAAAGAAGGUACUGGUUAUAGACCCAGUCGAUUCGAGCACUGCACGAGGCGGCAAACAAAAAACUUGAGACUAAAGUUCGUACGGACGUACCUAUUGAUACAAUUUAAAACCGAAGCAAUUUACUACACGAAACUUUCAGUUUAAUUUCUGGACUCCAAUCGUUAAAAGUCAAUGUUGUGUUGAUUUGGAAUAAAAUAACUGUAUAACAAAAACAAAAUUGUGUUUUAAUUAACUAUAUGACCACGUAUAGUUUAAAUAAUUUCAGUCCUCUUUACUGCCCCGGUAAAGCAAUGAGGAGGCACACUAAAAGAUUAUGACAGAUGGCGCCACCUUAUUAAUCCAUUGAACAGAUAAAAAAUUUCAUACGUGAGAGCGAGAAGAAGAUAUUUUUUUCUCUCUCACACACAUGAAUGAAAGUGACAUGCCUAGACACUUGCACAGGCGCCGCCUGGCAGGAUAAAAUGUCAGUGUGCCUCCUGAUUAAAUAGCGGUAUCUCAAAAACAAAUGCCACUGAAAAUGUAAUUGUC